AUGGGUAAUAUUUACCUCCUCCGGCACCUGUACAUCAGUGAUUUCCACAAGCAUUUCAUUCGCGUCCGAAACAAAAGGAAGAGGCGGACCAGCGAUGAUGGGGGAGACUCUCCUGAGCAUGCAAUAGAUGUCCCAGAGGUUGACCGAUUCCAGCUCCAGGUGAACACACUGGGACGUUACAAAAGGCAUUAUGAAGUACAAACUAGGCCCGGCCUCAACGAGGUGCAGCUAGCAGAAACCCUCGGCCAUCGCUUUGGGAAUAUCCCCGUGAAUGAGAAGGAGACGCUUCCUUACUUCAUCUACGUGGUGAAGAACAAGAGCAGACGGGACCAGAAAUCAGAAGGCAGCUAGAAUGAAAAGUAGAUGGACUUUGGACAAGAAGAAGUGAGGUGUUGAAAAAGCAGGUUGUAUCCUAUGCAUUUUAGGCCUAUAUGGACUAUUAAACAAUAUUGAGGUUUCUUUUUUAAAAAGCAGUAAAUAUGAAUAACUGAAAAAUAUAGACACUCUUGGCCAGGAGUAUGUUAAAACAUGCAUGUGUGUGAAGACUGACUUGCCAUUUCAGCGCCAUUAGAACGAAGAAAUAAAGAUCAUAGGAUGUAGGAAAGAAAUCGGUGGGAUUUUUACGACGGAGUUUGUGGAGGCGGUGCAGUCACAUACUUCUGGAAAUCUUCUGAAUGUAAUUUAGGUCACAAGGAAGACUUGUUCCAUGGUCUCAGCUUGCACCCCGAAAGCUGGCACCUGUUUUGGCACAAGGUUGAAACAGCAGGGGAGGAAUAAUUCAAAACCGAGGUGCGCAGGUUGGAAGCGUGUCUGAGGCUUGCUCCCACCUGAACCCGCAGUACCUUGCCUUAAGGCAGUGCUUCAAAUCCCCAACUUUGGCCAGUGCUUCAGUUCAGCAGACCUGCUGCGGUGAGCACCGUCUGCUGAAUCCACAAUUAAUUUUUCAUUUGGUGUAAUAGGGAAGUUAAACAGCUCUUCCCAAACUUUUCUACCUGCUUUACCUUAUUUAAGAACUCAGUACUCAACUAAAUUCAGAUAGACAUUUGCAAAUGUCUGCUUUUUCUCAGAACAUGCAGUUAUUAAGGCCAACGGUACAGAUUAAUACCCUGGUUUAAUUGUAUUGUUAGCGAUGUCCCUGUUAGUCUGCACAAGUUCAUUUGUAUUUCUUGAAUUCGAGGCUCAGUGGCAGUCGGUGAAGCAUCAGGGUGAGGCACCAGCCUUUAAUCUUUGUGUCAAAUCAGGUAUAAGUCACAAGUGACUUGAAUUUUCAUACCCAAUCUGGCCUUUAGCAAAUCCACAUCACACACCUGCUGCCUCGGUUUCAGACAUCUCAGGACAGGGUUAGUAGAUCUGUCGCCAUUCGGGAGUCCAGUGUAUUGGCCCGAGUGGAUGAUAUUUGAGACGGGAUCUACCUGCGCUGUCUUUGGCAAUGUUUCACAAGCAUCAGACAUACCUUUCCUAAGACGAAUCCUGCAUAGCACACCGGUCCUCUUUGCAAGUGCAUGUUUUAAAUGUUACGAAGUUGAAAUUACGCUGAUUUUUUUUGUCAUGUCAAGCCGUGGUACUCUUACCAGCCUUUGCAACAGAAUGCUAUUUUGCCAAAAGGGACUAAAAGAGAGUGCGUUGUGACUUACAGCUCUCCAGUGACCUCCAGUCCACUCAAGAUGAGCCUUGUGAUUCCCAGCAUCACUCCUUUCCCCGGCUGGUCUGACCUUCAUGUCUCCAUUCAUUUCUGAUCUGCCAGGACUCUGCCUCGUGAGCAUAUUCUCAAAUGAGCCUUCAGCAGCCAAGUAAAAGUGGAGAAACCUGGUGACAUGCAAAAAACUAGAACUCGUGGUUCCAAAAUUAUACCUUUUAUUAGACCAACUGGAAAAUGGCAAGAAAAUUGUCCUUUUCUGCAAGCUUUCAGGAUCAAAGUCCCUUCGUCAGGCUCUGGGAAACAUGUAGAUGGCACAAAAUGGUAAAAAGUCCCCAUAGGUAGGAAAUAAACUUCAUUUUUGCACCUCGUGAGCACUUUGCUGGCAGUGCAUUUCAAUACUCUGAAAUUGGAUCUAGCUUUGGUGAAUAACUCGACAUAAGAGUUGCAAGCUCAACUCGGUGCCGCAUAACAAGACCUGGAGAGCUCCAGCAUUAACUUCGUGAACUUAUAAAUAGAUGCAUCUGCGAAGGUGAUACCGCUUGAAGCCAGUCGAGUUCAUUUGUAACGGCUUCAAAGGGUCUGCUUAUAUUCCCAAAGGAAGUCGAAGAAACAUCAGCAAUUUUCAAAAGCCCUGUGUUAUGAGCAGGAAUGACGUCCUGUCGCAGGACUGUCCCCUUUUAAUCCAAAGCUCUGGGCAGUGCAGGUUGUUUCAGACAUCCUCACAGGCUUGAUUCAGCAUGGAUUUUAACAUCUUACUAUUUAUCUUGAAAGGACUUUGGCACAAACAGCAAAGGAGACUGCAGGUUGGCGAGGGAGUGUCUUGCACUGGUAUUUCAUAAAUGUUUGACACCAUGGUGGUCCCUUUGAUAAUGAACAGGCAAAAUCACUCCAUCGAUCAAAAGAGACUUGAUUUAAAAGGAGUCAGGACAGACACCUUGCAGGGUCUUUGUGGUUUUCUGCAGAGUCUGCUUACGUAAGCAGAGGGCCGGACUCAAUGAAAAUCAGUCAGUGAGUUCAGGAGCAGGUUUGCCUAGACCCAAAUUAAACAACACCCCUCGUUUUCACACAUCAAUGAGUGUGUCGCCCUCACACUCUUGUUUAACAGCCAGGAGCAAAAUGCUUCUUUUCAAGCAAAUACAGGGGCAGGCUCCAUCUGCUCCAGGGGUGUCCACGCAAAUGCUUUUGAGCAGAGACAGGAUCCAGAAAACUUCCUUUUUCUGCAAAUGAUGCACAUUUGGAUCGUGGCUUUCACUCUGCAAACUGUUAUCCUUCACAGACCGGCCUUGUGAGCUGGGAUGGUGAAGGAAGGGCUGUUUACCAGCCUUUAGCAGUCAAGGUAGACAGCUUGGCAGCAGAGAAACCUUGGGUUGUCGGGUCCCUGGCACCCUCUUGCCUCGUAGACAUUGGCAAAUGCCUUACUCUUGUUCUCAAUGUAGACGGAGCAAAGAAACAGCAGCAAGAGCACCGCCGGCACGUUUGGGGGGGUAUAUGUGUGGCUCCCAUGCUAAAACAUGAACUUGCACAUCAAUUCAGCAGCAACAACCAUAUUCAGGGGAACCUGUGGUUCUUGAAGAGUCUUCAGUGCUUGAUUACCAGAAACGCAACAAUGCGGUUGUCACCGUGUGUCAUGCCAUCAUGCAUAUUGGGUUCCUUACGUCACAUCCCAAUCACAAGUACUUCCCAACUUUCCUUGCCUUUUUAUAAAUCCUUUUUUGAAAACCCUCAAUGUUUUUGAGGCUCAGAGGUGUGAAACCACACGGGGAGCAGCUUUGGGAUGGGGUUUGGUUGACAGGUGGGAGAGCAGAAGUUGCUCUAGUUGGCCUGGUUCACUCACACAAA